AUUGAAAGUCCAUCUCUAUUAGAAAAUAGCAUAACAACACAGGCGGCUCCAAACAAGCAUUCAUCUAUGAACAGAACUGUUCUUUCAAAAUCUAUUUGGCUUGGAUUGCAUCAGUAUGCCUGAAGACAAAAUGAGCAAGAAGACCAAUAAAGAAAGGUCCAUUCCAAAAACCGCAAGCAACACAGGCUCGCAGGAUAAAAAACAGAUGCAAUCUGCGUCGGCGCAACUCUCAGCGGAUGCAGAAAUAGAGGAGGAACCAGCGGGUCAGCCUGCGGCUUACAGCAUGCGACCAGCAUUUGGUGAAUCUUUUCCUUUACCAAUCGUUCGGAAUAUUAUAAGCACCACAAUGACAGAGAAACUGAAAGACAAAAUAUAUGACAAGGACAUUGCCAAGAUAUGGACGAGCGAAAUAGCGGAUGAGGUGAACCAAAAAAUUGCAGCGAGUCCGAAAGUAAAGCGCUACAAACAUGUGGUGCAAGUGAUGUUGGGUCAAGAGCUGGGCGCCGGGUGCACCUACUUAUCGCGCUGCUGCUGGGAUUGCGAUUGCGAUACUUCCGUCACGGAGGUGUUCAGCAAUACAAGCCUCUUCUGCGUGUGCACAGUGUUUGGAACUUAUCAGUACUGAAGAAGAGGCAAACUACUGCACACAACUGGAGUGUAUAUGCGACUCGGUUAUACGCUAAAUGGAAUAACUUUAAUUGUAAUUUUAUUUAUAUAGAUAACUAUUAAUGCAAACACAGCCCUAUGUACAUAUUAACUAUAGUACAAAACUUUAUUUAAGUUAAGCAAAGAAAGUUACCACACUGAUUACUA